CGUGAAUGACAGACGGACGCGCGCGGGGUUUCUCUUCACGCAACUCAUUCGUUUGUCUAGAUAUUUUUGUUGAGAUAUCCUUUGAUGACGCCGUUGUAUUCACAAACUACAGGUUGGAAAUAACUACUAAACAUCAGCGACAAGUUUCCCUGGGGCUUCACCAGAGAAACAGCCCCUAAAGUUGGCAAUACCAAGCAACGGAGAGCUCUUAGUUUUCAGAAAGAGUUCUCGUUUGAGGAGAAAGGUGAGGGAGCCAACAAAGAAGUAGAUGUUAGUCUGCUGGGGAAUACACCCAAGGUCUCAGAAUUAAGGAAACGUUUUGAAAGUAUAAGCACAAGUCAGAGUUGGGACAUGAACAGGAAGGAGCGAAUUGCACGGCGCCUGGAAGGAAUCGAUAAUGAUGUUCUCCAAAGUCUUCCAGGUUGUGGUGGUCUAGUUUCUAAUCGACUGCUGGAGGAGGACACUCCAAGAUAUACCCGUGCAGCAGACACCUUUGACCCCUGUACAGUUUCUCUUCAGCACUAUGGCAAAAGUGAACCAAGUUCACAAAGCACAGAUGUUCCAUCCAGAAGUCACGCAGUCCACCCGGAGUCUGUCUUCAGCACUGGCUCCUCUCAUGUGGCAGAGCUGGACUCUAAAGCAGAAAGGAUUGCACGCUACAAGGCUGAACGCCGCCGUCAGUUAGCAGAGCGCUAUGGCAUCUCUCUAGAUCAGGAGAUGGAAACAGACUAUACAACUCGCUUCUCCAGACCCUCCAGAGAGCUUGAUGGUUUAGACAGACACUACAGGUCAAAAUCAGAAGGGAGAGAUGGAGUGGAGCAAAAUGCUUACACCACCAGCCAUCAUGUGGAUAAGAGCAGCUCAGACUAUCACUCCAGUCCAGAGUACAGCCGCGAGCGCACAGACUCCAUCUCAGAACGUGAAAGAAUGAUGAAUCUGGAGAACCAGAGGAGGGCACAGGAGCGUGACCGAUUACAUGGAGGUGGAGGGGUUGCACCUGACCCAUCUGCGUAUAUGGAUGUGUCUGGAUCUGCAAGGGUACCAGGAAGGGAGCCAGGGAUGAUGGGAGUUCCCAGCUCACCCAAUUCAGGCCGAAGGAGCAUGAUGCUCUCUCCCAAACAGGGAGCGUCUCCUGGUGAUCUGUUUAUUGAGCAGCAGGCUCACAGCAUCCUCCAAAGACACGGGUCUCAUCUAAGCUCUGAACCAUCAAGCCCUGAGGUGGAUGAAGAGAAACUAGAUGAGAGAGCAAAGCUGAGCGUAGCUGCCAAGCGUUCCCUCUUCAGGGAGCUUGAAAAGACUUCAGAUGGUUCCGUUUUAAAGACAUGGAGUCGUAAUCCUGCUGUUGAGCGGAGAUUGAGGAGAGGUCAAGAUCGAUCCCGCACUCAGCCAGUCACCACAGAGGAAGUAGUUAUUGCUGCUACCUUGCAGGCUUCGUCUCAGCAAAGCUCCAUGGUGAGAGAGCAGGCCAGAGAGGUUCGUCUGGCUCAGGAGGCAACGGAGACAGAUCGAGCUCGCCACGCUUCUCCGGGGGAAGGCGGACACGAGGAGCCAGACCUUUCCACACUCACUCUAGCAGAAAAGAUGGCACUUUUUAACCGCCUUGCCCAGCCGUCCAGCCAUGGCUCUAGGGCCAGAGGAGACACACGUGCACGGAGGAGUAACGCACGCUAUCAGACUCAACCAAUCACACUAGGAGAAGUCGAACAGUUUCAGCCUGCAGGUGGAGCUCGUUUUGCACCCAGCUCCAACUCAGCCAUGAGAUCCUCCACUGUUUCCACUGAACAUGCGGGCGACAUCCAUCUGACCAUGCCAAAUGUAUCUGGGCCUGCAUAUUAUGAGCAGACCGUUUCUCCACAGCAUCACCCUCAGCCUGCCCAUGACAUCCAGACACAUCAGAGUCUGGCUGAAGGGGGAAGGCUGCUGUUGAGCACUGGGAAGAGGAAGCUUCCCUCCCCAGACAGCGUGAAACGGACACCGCAUGCUCAGCCGGCCAGAGACUGGGACAGUAAGGCUGUGGCGGUGACCUCUCAAGACCUUUCACAAACAGAUGGAGAGCACACAACAGAUCUUCCUGUACACACUGCCGCUGCUGUAUCUGCAUUACAGAGCCAUUCUCUCCAUGAGGACCACACCAGAGAGGAAGAGCAGGAGAGCGACUUCAAAACAGAAGACGGAGACGAGCUCUCGGACGUCAUGUCUGCCAGACAGAUGUCCAUCAAAGAGAGGCUGGCUCUGCUGAAGAAGAGUGGAGAGGAAGACUGGAGGAACAGGAUAAAUAAAAAACAGGAUGUGGUGAAGGUUGCUGUGUCUGAAAGACAUGCCCAGCUAUGGGAGGUGGAGCAGAGCUUCAAGAAGAAGGAUGAUGGGAUGAUGAUAGAUGACUUUGCUGUGUCUGAUCAACUCUGGGAUCCUGUCUUUUCCUCCUCCCUUUUGUGUGCCUCUGAACCACUGGAUCAAAUAGCAAACCUUCCCAAGAAGAUGGGAAAUGAAGUUGUGGAAAGCCAACAGCUUGAGCGAGUAGAGAUGUCUAUUCAGGAACGCAAGCAGCUCAUCACUUCACAAGAGGAGGCCUGGAAAGCCAAAGGUUACGGAGCAGCCAACGACUCCACUCAGUUUACAGUGGCUGGACGUAUGGUCAAAAAAGGCCUGGCAGCCCCUUCUGUUCUCACAAAUCCCGUGUUGUCUCCUCUGUCUUCUAAAAACAAGAAUACAUCCCAUACCAUCACAAAACCACAUGAAGAGAUUGAAGUCAAACAGAACAUGAAGCUGGAGUCAGAUAUGAAGUUAGAAAAGUUGGAAACAUUCCUUGGUCGUUUGAAUAGUAAAGUUCCAGGACUUCAGGAGGCCACAAUUGCUGUCACGGAGAAGUCUGUAAAAGAGGUCAUGACUCUGGACGAUGAGGUCUUUGAUAAGUUUUAUCGACAUGCAGAGGAUAUGGCAAAGUUCACCAGCAGAGUGGAAAUUAGUGAUGAUUUUGAUGACAUCUUUGGAGUACAGCUGCCCAGGUUGACUUCGGAAAUGGUGCAGCACAAGCGGGCAGUUCGGCCUACCAGAAAUGUUCAGUCAUCUAAAAACCCGCUGAAAAUGCUGGCUGUUCGGGAGGACAUCAGACAUGAGUACACGGAACAAAGACUGAACAUCGGCCUUCUGGAGAGCAAGAGGAUGAAACAGGAAAAGAUGAAUAAGAACAGCGGUUUCUCUGAGGUUGCUCUCGCCGGAUUGGCCAGUAAGGAGAACUUCAGCAGUGUGAGUCUGCGAAGUGUGAACGCCUCUGAACAAAGCUCCAACAACAGUGCCAUGCCCUAUAAAAAACUCAUGCUCAUUCAGGUCAAAGGUCGCAGGCACGUUCAGACCAGACUGGUUGAGCCCAGAGCUUCCUCCUUGAACAGUGGCGACUGCUUCCUCCUGAUCACACCACAUCAUUGCUUCAUCUGGAUUGGAGAAUUCGCUAAUGUUAUUGAGAAGGCCAAAGCUGCAGAGUUGGCCACGUUCGUUCAGACCAAGCAUGACCUGGGAUGCAGAGCCUCGUAUGUUCAGACAAUUGAGGAGGGUGCAAACACUCACACACACGCUGCCAAAGACUUUUGGAAGAUUCUCGGUGGCCAAACCAGUUAUCAGUCCGCUGGCACUCCUGAACAAGAUGAGUUUUAUGAGAGUGCUGUUGUGGAAACCAACUGCAUAUACAGACUCAUGGAGGAUAAACUUGUUCCCCAUGAUGACUACUGGGGUCGAGUCCCUCGCUGCUCCAUGCUGAACCCUAAAGAGGUGCUGGUAUUUGAUUUUGGUAGUGAGGUCUACGUAUGGCAUGGCAAGGAGGUAACGUUGGCACAGAGAAAAGUGGCAUUUCAGCUGGCGAAGCACUUGUGGAAUGGCACCUUUGACUACACCAACUGUGACAUUAAUCCUCUGGACCCUGGAGAGUGCAAUGCUCUCAUACCCAGGAAAGGCCAGGGACGACCAGACUGGGCUGUGUUUGGCAGGUUAACUCAGCACAAUGAAACUACUCUUUUUAAAGAGAAGUUUUUGGACUGGAGUGAUUCCAAGAAUUCUAAGAAGAAUGGUGACUCGCAUGUUGAAAACAAGGAGCUUCGGAGUGGUGAAUGUCGGCCCUAUGAUGCGUCUCUGAUGCUAUCGGCAGUACGGGCGCCAGUCAGGACCGUUCUGGAUGGGGUGAACAUUGGACGAGGAUAUGGAUUAGUGGAAGGUGAAGAGGGACGUAAUUUUGAGAUCAGCACAUUGUCUGUGGAUGUCUGGCACAUUUUAGAGUUUGACUACAGUCGACUACCCAAACAGAGCAUUGGUCAGUUUCAUGAAGGUGACACAUACGUGGUCAAAUGGAAGUACAUGAUCAGCACAGCAGUUGGCAAGAGACUGCAUUCAGAAAGAAUCAUCGGUCCAGGGAAGGAGAAAUGUUGUUAUUUCUUCUGGCAGGGUCGUAACUCUACGGUGAAUGAAAAGGGAACGUCAGCACUGAUGACUGUUGAGCUGGAUGAGGAAAGAGGAGCUCAGGUCCAGGUACAGCAAGGAAAGGAGCCUCCUUGUUUCCUACAAUGCUUCAAUGGAGGAAUGAUUGUUCAUGCUGGAAAAAGAGAAGAGGAGGAAGACAAUACACAAAACGACUGGCGAUUGUACUGUGUGAGAGGAGAGAAACCCAUAGAGGGCCAUCUGCUGGAGGCAGUGUGUCACUGCAGCAGCUUGCGAUCCCGGACCUCUAUGAUCCUCCUGAACAUCCCCAAAGCCAGCCUAUACCUGUGGCAUGGCUGCAAGGCACAAGUGCACACACGUGACGUGGGCCGUACCACUGCAAACAAAAUCAAAGAGCAGUGUCCUCUGGAGGCAGGGCUUCACAGCAGCAGUAAAGUGUCCAUCCAGGAGUGUGAUGAGGGAGCUGAACCACAGGGCUUCUGGGAGGCUUUGGGCAAAAGAGAUCGAAAAGCGUACGACUGCAUGCUGCAGGAUCCAGGAAAGUUCAACUUCACUCCUCGGCUUUUCCAGUUAAGCAGUGCCUCGGGAGAGUUUGCAGCAGUGGAGUUUGUAUAUCCAUCCAGAGAACCAAAUUUGGUUAACUCGAUGCCUUUCCUCCAGGAGGAUUUGUAUACAGCUACUCAGCCAGCCCUGUUUUUGGUGGAUAAUCAUCAUGAAGUUUACCUGUGGCAGGGCUGGUGGCCUCAGGACAGUGAAAGCACAGGCUCAGCUCGCAUACGGUGGGACUCUGACAGGAAGUGUGCAAUGGAAACUGUGCUCCAAUAUAGCAAAGAAAAAAAUGAGAAAAAGACACCAAAAUCCUACCUGAUCCAUGCAGGACUGGAGCCUCUUACAUUCACCAACAUGUUUCCCAGCUGGGAACACAGAGAGGACAUCGCUGAAAUCACAGAGAAGGAGGCCGAAGUAUGUCAUCAGAUCAUUCUUGUUGAAGAUGUCUUGAGCCGACUCUGCAAGACCACUUACCCACUGGCUGAACUAAAAGCACGUCCCUUACCGGAAGGUGUCGACCCUCUACGUCUUGAAACCUACUUAUCAGAUGAGGACUUUGAGGGUGUAGGGGCUUCUGGGAAGAAAGCUUUGGAGAUGACGAGAAGUGAAUAUGAGGCACUGCCUGGAUGGAAGCAAGUGAAUGUGAAGAAAGCCAAAGGAUUGUUUUAAAGGAACUCCAGGAAUCUGAAAGAGAAAAUGCUCUCAUUCCUUUUGAACCAGAACAGACAAACGCAAGUAAAAAUAUCAACCUGUGUCAAAUCACACGGGGAGCUGAAAAGAAGCUGGAGGAAGAAAAAAGAACACAGAUUGGCAGGGGUUUACCAGCCUCUUGUAGCACAUUUCUGUCUUGUUUUCUUCUUCCUUUUUUGUAUUUUUUUGUUUGUUUGUUGAUCAGUGAAUUAGAGAUUUGUUUUCUGAAUGUGUUGAGUGCUCCCCAGCUUGUUUUGCUCCCAUUUUCAUAGAUCUGCGUUUCUCCACAUACUGUAUCACCGUCCAACAUGCACAAGGCAGCGCUAAUACACUGCUGGCCAUCUUGAUAUUAACACCCAUGAAAUAACUCCAAUAAAAAUGCCUUUUAGUGAUUAUGUGAAUGUAAGAAAGCUCAACGGAGCACUUUAUGUAAGUAUGUUCAAACCUGCUCUCAUGAAUGGCCUAAAGAUUAUUUUAACCUUCCAGCUAGAUGCUUGAACUUGAACCCUAUGCGUGUGUGUACGUGAGAGAGUGUUUGUGAAUAUAUACGGCGCGUGAGUCUCUUCGAACAGGAUUGAAUGAAACUGUGGAAAAAGAGAAAAUCUCCUUCUUUUCUGCAUUGUAUAGUGCCUUGCCUUCAUGUACAGUUUAUAUAAAGACAGAUGCAAGUCUGCAUUUUGAAGACAUAUUUGUGAUAAUAAUAAAUAUUGGUGCAAAUAAACACUGAAUAAUGUAGAUAUUA